AUGCCUCUAGUGUUGGGGCCCGUCGUUGACAAUGAGACCCGGUGUGUGCAUUACCACCUGCUGCUUGAUGUGAUUGCCAUCAAAUUCAAGUGCUGCGGCCGUUUCUAUCCCUGCUACAAGUGCCAUGAAGAAUGCGAGACCCAUCCAGUUGAAAAAUGGCCCAAGGCAGAGUUGGCUACGGCCCAGAUCAUUCUUUGUGGCUGCUGUAAGCUGUUGCUCACUUUUCUUGAGUACCUGGGACAUGGGGACAGGUGCAUGUCAUGUGGAGCGAACUUUAACCCAGGCUGUUCAAACCAUUAUGAUAUAUACUUUGAUGUGGAGAAGAAGAAGGAGAGAAUUACGGACGAGAUCUAA